CUGUGGCUAUUGGGAACGGGCUGGUCCAAACUGCCCCGGAGGCACGAAGCUCUCUGGAGUCCGGUGCUUCGUGUGACGGCGUGGGGGGCCCGUGAAGACUUGUGGGGCUGCGGAGCCGGUGCGUUCUAGGCCGGGAGUCCCUGGAGCCACCCCCUCCCGACCCCGGGGCGGCCUCCGCUGCGGCUCGGCUUCGCCCGCCCACCCCGCAUCCCCCCGGGCCGGCCCUCUGUGUGAGGCGGCCUCGGAGCAGGCGGGCGGCGGCAGAGGAUGCUGCGGGCCCGGAGCCCAGAGAAGGGUGCUGGCCGGGCCGUGUGAGCGCGCUCCGCGGUGUGCCCGGAGGCCCUGCCUCGGCCCCAGCGCCGUCUGCCGAGCUCUCAGGCUUCCAGAGCAGGCGAGAGCAGCCGCCACCAUGUCUUCGGCCAGGUUCGACUCCUCAGACCGCUCCUCCUGGUACAUGGGGCCGGUGUCUCGCCAGGAGGCGCAGACCCGGCUGCAGGGCCAGCGCCACGGCAUGUUCCUGGUCCGCGAUUCCUCCACCUGCCCCGGGGACUACGUGCUCUCGGUGUCGGAGAACUCGCGGGUCUCCCACUACAUCAUCAACUCGCUGCCCAACCGCCGUUUUAAGAUCGGGGACCAGGAAUUUGACCACUUGCCGGCCCUGCUGGAGUUCUACAAGAUCCACUACCUGGACACCACCACCCUCAUCGAACCCGCGCCCAGGUAUCCAAGCCCACAAAUGGGAUCUGUCUCGGCACCCAACCUGCCUACAGCAGAAGAAAAUCUGGAAUAUGUACGGACUCUCUAUGAUUUUCCUGGGAAUGAUGCUGAAGACCUGCCUUUUAAGAAAGGUGAGAUCCUGGUGAUAGUAGAGAAGCCUGAAGAACAGUGGUGGAGCGCCCGGAACAAGGAUGGUCGGAUUGGGAUGAUCCCUGUUCCUUAUGUUGAAAAGCUCGUGAGAUCCUCGCCACACGGAAAGCACGGAAAUAGGAAUUCCAAUAGCUAUGGGAUCCCAGAACCUGCUCACGCGUAUGCUCAACCUCAGACCACAACUCCUCUACCUGCAGUUCCCAGUACUCCUGGGGCAGCCAUCAACCCCUUGCCAUCCACACAGAAUGGACCUGUCUUUGCGAAAGCAAUCCAGAAAAGAGUGCCCUGUGCUUACGACAAGACAGCCUUGGCGUUAGAGGUUGGUGACAUUGUGAAAGUCACGAGGAUGAAUAUAAACGGCCAAUGGGAAGGCGAGGUGAACGGGCGCAAGGGGCUUUUCCCCUUUACGCAUGUCAAAAUCAUUGACCCUCAAAACCCGGAUGAAAACGAGUGAUUGCUGUCACCCUGGCUCCUGCUGCUUCGUCGUUCUGCGUGUCAUAGUCUCCUUUGAAGUGGGAAAGUGUUCUCUCUCAUAGGCGGUCACGCUGCAUUGCCGACGCCCAGCCCUGCAGACUGGCCGUCUCAUGCACAUUUGGAAUGCACACAGCGGCUGCCUCCUGGCGUUUGUAUCAUAGUCGUCUUGUCAAAGAGUAGCCGAUCUUAGAGUUCUUUUGGAUCACAAACUGGAAAUACUGGUGGAAGCACACGAGCGGAGAGAAGCUGGCGGGAGAGGGUCUUCUCAUUACUGCCCUGUAUGUCCUUGAGACUGGUUCCAGCAUGCUCCCCCGGGAAGGCCCGGGGCCACAGCGAGAUACGGCGUGUCGCCGCUCUGCAGAGUGGUGGCACCGCUGCCGUCUUGGUUUUCUCUAGACAACAGAGGAUGUGAACCUUAAAGGAGGAGAGAAUUCUGUCCUUAACCCCACCCCACUCCCCAGUCUGGCUUUUGUUUUGUUUUCUUUUGGUUUGGUUUGGUUUUGGAAGACUUAAUUAAUUAGACUUGUGUGUUCUGAACAGAUUUUUAAGUAGCAGGUUGGAUUUUUGUGGAAGCCCAAGGAGUAACGCAUGCCUCUGAGCUUCAGAACUGAAGCUGCUGUAGCUGAAGGAUUAAGAAGAGAGCACUCGUGAAGUAGAGGCCCAUGGUCUUGGUCGCCGUGUAGCACACACACACACACACACGAGCAGUCGUGCGUGCCAGGCUGUGUGCCAGCCUCUUGGAUUACUUUGUCCCCAAAAGCAUCCAUGUGGGGUGCUUGAGGAGACCUUUGCUUACCUGUUUGUUGGGGACAGGAACAGGGAGGGGGUGGGACACUUGGCCAGCUUUCUGUCCAGCAGCUCAGUGAGUGCACCCAUUGAAGGUGUAGGACUCAACAUUUCUUCAGAAAGGGAGGUUAUUCAUAGAAUCCUUGGACUCAUUGAUGAGUCCUGCGUUGACUCGUGGAAUCUGCUCACUGAAGCUCAUCCUGCCUGCCCCAGCCCAGCCUCCGCACGCUGCAGAGGAAGAUGGCGCUGCAGCUACUGGGCCCAUGGGCCACGUGGCUGAGAUGCUCCCAAGCAAAGGAAACGCACGCUCUGGGGAAACUGGUUGGUGCAUUUGAUGUCUCGCGUUCUUGUGGAGAACUAUGAACCACUGAUGAGUUUGUUGAUGUACAGCAUUUCCCUACUAGCUGAGAGAGGCCUGUUCCUAGAAGCCGGCUGAUGCCAACGUACGACCGACCCCUCACCUGCACAGACCAGGCCAGAAUCCUGGAGUCAUUAUGCAGUUGCCCAUCCUUCCUUCUGGAUGCUGGUGAAGACAGGCCUCAGCCCAGAGCAAAUACAGCAGACCUAGAAAUGUAGCAGCAGCUUCAUGUGCGGCUCAGCAUUUACCGAGGGUCUGCUCUAACACGACCCUGUCUCUGUACGCUCUUAGGUUUUGAGGUUUAGAGCAGUGUAGUCUGGUGACAGAAUCCCGGCACAGCCAUUGUGCAGUGUUUUUUCAAUCAGUAGUGCAUCAGGCAGAUAGCUACCCCGGUACAGAAUCCUGGAAGUGUUCCUGUGACGAGAUUGACGAUCAGUUGAGAAAAAUCGUCAUCAUUGCUGCCUGCCCACCUGUGGUUUUCCUGGAGGCGCUGAGAAAGGAGGAGCUCUUCCUGACUGCUGAGAGCCGUGGCUGCCUCCUGCUCUGAAGUCUGCGCUCGCACUUGACCUCUCUGGUUGGUCUGGGAAGGUUUGCUCAGUGGGCUUUGUACUGAGUCCGGCCGGCUCAGCCCAUGUGAUAGUCUCCAAAGUGCCCAGAAGCAGUGCUGGCCUUCUGACCGGUGGUCCACUCGGCCCUAGCCUGUUGGUGCUGUGCCUGGGCUGAGUGUCCAGCAGGAGGUGGGGUAUGUGCCUUGUUGAAGGAAGGCAAACCUAAGGCCUCUUCCAACCAGGUGCGGCUGGGAGGCUUGACAGCUUUUGGUUGUCGCAGCUGACUGAGAGCACACGUGUGGCUGUUUGGGAAAGCAUUGUUUCCCUUCCCACGACUGCAGGACUCGUCCAGAGGGGAGGGCCUCAGAGUCACAACACCCACUAGCCUCAGGUUCGGGGUCAGCGAGUGCCCUCCUUGCUUCGGCCCAUGGAGGUGUCUUCAGAACUCAAAGGAAGGUGAGCCUGCCGUUGUGAACCCAAGAUAACGUGCCAAAACUAGUAACUUUUUUUUUUUUUAACCUAGAACCCUUAACAGUUUUGUAAUCAGGCCGGGGGAUUCUCUGUCACAGUAAGUAUGAGAGCAGCACCUGUCUCGGCUUUGGGCCUGGGCUCCCAGUGAUGGGGAAGGUGUUUGUGCUGACUGGGGGCGGGGCUCCUCGGAGGAUUGGUCCUCACUGCUGCCUGUCUCGGCUUUGGGCCUGGGCUCCCAGUGAUGGGGAAGGUGUUUGUGCUGACUGGGGGCGGGGCUCCUCGGAGGAUUGGUCCUUACUGCUGCCUGUCUCGGCUUUGGGCCUGGGCUCCCAGUGAUGGGGAAGGUGUUUGUGCUCUGACUGGGGGCGGGGCUCCUCGGAGGAUUGGUCCUCACUGCUGCCUGCUGUGUGCUGCCCUGUUAAAGAAGGACAGCAGUUGGAUGCUAGAUUAACCCGCUGUGGCUUCUCACCUGGGAAGGACGUCCCCCUGAAGACUUGUCGAGCCUGGGUGCAUUGGCUUGUCACUUCUGUGCCACCUGCUAACAGAGAGGAGGAUGCGUUGAGCAAACGACUCGGCCCCCCCAGCCUGGACGGCUUCUGUGCUCGUGGUUGGACGUGGCGAGGCGGGAAGGACGGCUGUGUGCUCCUCGGCGCCUUGCACCGGCUCCACGCUGGCUUCCUCACAGCUGUUUACAGACCAAGGACGGCCACUGCUCUCGCCAUGUUCGCUCAGAGGAAUGGAGCAUUUCAGUUUUGAAAAGGGAUGAUGUGUGUUUCUUUUUUUGUGCCAGGCGUUUAUAAUUUAAUCCUUUAAUAUUAUGUCCAUUAACCUCUUAAAAUCAGUGAAUUCUUGAUUGUUUUAACACAGUCCCUAAGACUAAUGCUUUCUGUGGACACUGAGCCCCGCCUCAGGCACCACGCUCUGGGACCGGAGAGCCACGUUCCUGGCGACUGCUGUCCUCGCAGACACUGAGCUGGCUGUGCCUCUGGAGGAAGACAGUCCCGAGACGGGAUUGUUGCCCCUGCGGGAGGAACAGUGGCCUUGCUUCGAGACGGUCUUCACUGUGUGUUUGCAAACAAUGACGACAAUGUAAAACUCUUUUGACCUGUAACUUAAAGAUCAUAAACUUCAGGCAAUAAUAUUUUCUGUGUAAGCUUUUAAAAUUAUUUUUGGGGGAUCAUAGCUUGUUUUAUUUUGUGCUAUAAAAUUAACAGUAUUAAAUGACUUAUAUUCUUAGAAUA